GAGACCCUGAGGGGGCUUAUAUUUAGCAUUAUAGCGGAUCCGAAAUAAAAGUAACAUGUCACGGCUUCCAGGGUAUCCAGCAGAAGAUCGUGGUCUGUUAUGCGACACCGGGUAGCCCACAAUGGGUGACUCAAAAAAAGACGCAGAAAGUUCCCCUUCUGUGGUAUCUAUAGCAUUGUGUAACCCCCCCCCCACGGGUGAGUCACUGUGGAGUAUAAAUGAGAAGGGUACGGAGGUGACCGCCGAAAUCUGUGCACAAAGAGACGGACGGGGAAGACGAGAACAUCACUGAGAGCGAUUUUAUCAGCUCCAGGUUGCGGAAGGCAAAAAAAAAAAAAUUGGGCAGAGGUUACAUUAGUUCAAGUGCCUUGUUUAAUCAUCAACCAGUGCCCUGUCUGUGCCUAAUCUCUGCCGUCAUAUAUAUACAGCUUAUAGUAAGGCAGGACGGACACACUCAGCGAGCGCUGCCACCGACAUGAAGCUCCUCAUCCUCCUCCUGCUGCCUCUGGUCUUCUCCGCGUCCAUCGAGAAACACGAGGACGUCCAGUUCGAGGCUUUGCCCGCGGAAUCCAAAUCGCGGUUCGCCAUGCUGGACGACGUGAGGAUCCUGGCCAACGGGCUCCUGCAGCUCGGCCACGGCCUGAAGGAUUUCGUCCACAAGACCAAGGGGCAGAUCAACGAGAUCUUCCAGAAGCUCAACCUGUUCGACAAGUCCUUCUACGACCUCUCGGAGCAGACCAACGAGAUCCGGGAGAAGGAAGAGGAGCUGAAGGAGAAGACCUCCCAGCUGCAGGAGAACAACGAGGAGCUGAGAAACAUGUCGGGCAAAAUCUACGACCAGAUCGAGCAUCUCCUGCAGGACAAGGUGCAGCUCCAGGGCAAGAUCCUGCGGCUCGAAGAGAAGCUCAACCAGAUCUCCAAGGGUUACGACGAGGUCCAGGACCACAAAGACGUAGCUACGCUGAAGCAAUAUGUAGAGCAGCAAGACACGAACAUACAACGACUUUUGAAGGUGGUCGCAGACCAGAACGUGCAGCUGGAUCACCAAAACAGCCAAAUAAAGGAUCUCGAAGAGAAGAUUGGCAAUGCCAGUGUCACCGAUGGUAAGAGGAGCGCACCCGGAAGCCAGAAGAUGGAUGACCCCUCGUCCUUCAAUUCAAGCACAGUCACCGAUCGAACGCCGGAUCCCAAUGAUCAUCCACGGGACUGUAACGACGUCUAUAACCAGGGCACACGGCUGAGCGGCGUCUACACCAUAAGACCAAACAACAGCGCAGAAUUCAGAGUCUACUGUGAAUUCACAACAGAAGCGGCAUGGACGGUUAUCCAGAGGAGGACAGAUGGAGCUAUGGACUUUAACCAGACGUGGGAAGAUUACGCCAAAGGCUUUGGUGACCUGAGGGGCGAGUUUUGGCUGGGCCUCCAGAAGAUCUUCUCUCUGUCCCAGCAGGCCGACUAUAUCCUGCACAUUGAGCUGCAGGACUGGAAGAACAAUGUCCGCUUUGUGGAAUAUUUAUUCACCCUGGGGAACCAGGAUUCGAGCUACACCCUGCAGCUGUCUCAGGUCCUGGGGAACAUCCCCAGCGCUCUGCCCGAAUACACCCCGCUGCCCUUCUCUACCGGCGACCACCACUCCCAACAUCUCAAGUGUCCUGCCGAAACCUCAACAGGCGGAUGGUGGAAAUCGUCUUGCGGAGGAACCAACCUGAAUGCAAAAUACGUCAAACCCAGGUCAAGGGUGAAAGGUGAAAGACGACGAGGACAGGGCCUGUCCUGGAAACCGGAGAAAGGCAGAAUGUACUCCCUCAGGUCCACCAAGAUGAUGCUCUACCGCACAGAGCUGGAGAACUUUGAGUAGAUGGGAACUGGAGAUGGUUUUCGAGAGACAUUUCUUUUUUGCAAUUGGGGCGCAAACCAGGUGUAAUUCCAUAAGUCAUACGGAAGACGGACAGAAGGUGGAAAACAUCAGAACAUUAGACCUUCAUGGAUUGUUCAGAUUAUUCUGACCCAAAGCAGAACAUAGGACCGAUCCCCGAAAUGUAGACCCAUCAGUAUGGACCAUAAUACCCACAUCACAAGGAUACACACUAAACAAAAUGGCUGUAUCAUUGUGCGAGGUAUUCGUGCGGCGCCUCCAGCUGUUGCAAAACUACAACUCCCAGCAUGCCCUGACAACCUUCGUCCGUCAAUACAUGAUGGGGGUUGUAGUUUGGCAAAGGUUGGGAAACAUUGCUAUAGAACACAGCUGGGAGAGACUAAACCAGUGUUUCCCAACCAGCGUGCCUCCAGCUGUUGCAAAACUACAACUCCCAGUAUGCCUGGGGGGUGUUUCCAAAUAUUUAAAAAGAAAUUCAAGACUGUAAAGCAGUG